AUGAAGGCGGAGGGGGGCGACCACUCCAUGAUCAACCUGUCGGUGCAGCAGGUCCUGAGCCUCUGGGCCCACGGGACGGUGCUGAGGAACCUCACGGAGAUGUGGUACUGGAUCUUCCUGUGGGCUCUCUUCUCGUCCCUGUUUGUCCACGGUGCUGCGGGCGUGUUGAUGUUCGUGAUGCUGCAGAGACACAGGCAGGGGAGAGUGAUUUCACUCAUCGCUGUCAGCGUCGGAUUUCUGGCUUCUGUCACCGGCGCGAUGAUUACUAGCGCAGCCGUCGCGGGCAUCUACCGAGUGGCAGGGAAGAACAUGGCCCCCCUGGAGGCGCUGGUGUGGGGCGUGGGACAGACUGUAUUGACAUUAAUCAUCUCCUUCUCAAGGAUCCUCGCCACACUCUGAGCUUUCGGUGGGAAUGUCUAACUUCACAGAAGGAAACAGAUGUACAGAUUCUCAGAGCACGGCCUUGUGAAGGAGCGGGGAUGAAAUUGAGCAAGGAGACCGUGGAAGGAGCAGGUCGCUGCAGAAGGCCUUGAGCUGUGUGCGAAGAUCGCCCUCUGGUGUCCGAGUGAUUGCACUACCGCACCGCACCUUAACGUGCCUCCGUCCCAGGCCAGGCGCAUCCUGGAAGCCGUGAGCAGAAGCACCUUGUUCAGCGGCCAAUCAGGUUAACACUGGUGUUGACUCAUCGUUCUUUAACAGUGUUGUGUUGAGUUACAGGGACGUUUUGAGGAAUUGAUAUAUGUGCCAAACUCUUCUCUCUCUCUCUCUCUUUUUUUUAAACAUUGAUCCUGUGACAAUUUGCAAGUGUAGAUGUAGAUGAGUGCUGUGAACCACAUUUGACAUGAAUUCAGGUAACGUAGUGAGAUUUUUGUUUCGUGACGCUAAAUCCCGUAUGAGUGCUGAACACCGAAUCCUUUAGUAUGAGGUGAACUUUUUGGUUUUUAAUGUUGAACGUUUCUGGGAUUUAGGGCUUUCAUAUGUUUAGGCAUUAUUGUUAUUUAAUUUAUGUGGAAAAUAAUACUUAAUGGAAAACUAGCUAAACUCUUGUAAGGACUCAAAGUAGACCCAUAGGGUGCAUCCUUCCCACUCACUUAAAUAACACUCUUUUAAUAGUUUACCCCCUACGUAACUAUUCUAUUGAUAUGAAUUCAAAAACUAUGGGUCACACACAUUGACUGUAGUUUGUGUGUCAUAAAAAUAUAAUUUGAAAAUUUUCUUAUAAACUUUGUAAGAAAAGAAGUCUGAAAUGCAUGUUGCAUUCUUUGACCCUUCUAAAGUAAGUUUUUGCCAUGUAUCUCAUGGAGAAAACAUCUUUAUAACUCGUAUCUCGGUGGGAUUAUAUUACUUGUUGCAUAUAUCUUGAUUUUUGACAAAACAUAAACGAUCUUGCAUUCUGGAGUAUUACCUAUAUUUAAAGAGUGGCCUAAAUUAGGCUGUGAAAACAAAGAGCCUCAUUUGUAGAUAAAUGACAAGUUAUAUAAGAGUGAUAAACUAUCUUACAUUGGGCAUGUGGUAACAUAAUUUCGCUAAAUAAAAAUUGGGGAAUAUAAUUAAGUAAUUUAAAAAUUUGGCACUUAAUCUCAGCAUAUCAGUACAGUACUGAACAUAUAUUAGAGCGGUUCUGUCGUUCAGUUCUCGAUUUGCACUAUUAAGUUUCCUAGAAUCAGUGAUGACAUUUAAUAGAAUGAAAAAGUCCUUAGUUAUACAACAUUUUAAGAGGUUUUGGCAAGAUGGAGUUGUUUUUAAAAGUGCAAGGAGUAAGGGGGACAGAACCUGGUUGAAUUUGUCUCCAACUGAUUGUUUUAAAUUCCAGGUCCUCUGAUAAAUGUGCUAACUCAGAAACCCACUGCAGAAAAUGUGAGGUUAAGGGCAAUCCAAAAAACAAUCUGCAUACUCUAGCCUCGCUGGUUUAUACCCCGAUUUGCUAAAAAGUACAUUUCUAUUAGGUCCCAUUCAAAUUUAAGACCCUCAUUACCCACACCACUUCUUUUCGACCGAAAAGCAGAAGAUCUUUCAAUGACUUCACGAUAGGGAGUUGGGGAAGGGGAUACUUUUACCAGUAUGGAAGCCAGUUUUGGGGGGUUUACUAAUGCUGUGGCUUGGAAAUCUGUUUUUUUUUUUUUUAAACCAAUAAGCAACUAUGCAUCCCUAGAGAUCUUUGAAGUAAACCUUAAAAUUGAUUAUUUUUAUUAUGUACGAGCCUAAAAAUUAUUUUCAUGUGUUCUUCAUGCUUCUGAUGUUUUCCCAAAUUAAAUUUAGGCAUAAAUUUUC